AUGCACUACUACGACGCUACCAUGCCCGUGUUCGCGGACGAACCACCACCACACCGCCGCAGCCUGAGUGAUUCGGCGGCCAUGCCGCUGGCCAGCUCGAUGGACUCUACGUGCUCGCUGGCCUCUUCUUCUUCCUCAUCCUCCACUGCAAGCUCUCCCUCUUCAUCCCCGACAACGCGGCCGCGCCGCAGCAGUCAGCUUCGUCGCUGCGAGUCGGUUCGCCACUCGCGCACGACCCUGACUCCCUUGGAACCUCACUCGCGUCAGCUGAGCCGCAGCCUCACGCAGCUGGAUGCCAUCCGCUCCGCGCUGGGCUGGGACGCCGCCAAGGCAGACAGCAACAAGUCGCUGCCCAUCCGCCUGCCCGUGCCCCUCCUCAUCCACUACGACAUGGAGUUUAUCCUCAACAACACGGAUGAGUGGCCCGAAAAACUCCGCGCCACGCUUCGCGCCGGCCUCGAGGACAUUGCUCGUGCUCGCGAGGAAGGCGACCUGCGCCUGCGCCAGAAGCACGCUGCCUUUCUGCAGAGCCAGAUGAACCCCCGCUCGCGCCUUAACCGCGACCAGCAACACAGCAACCUGGUCGACCUCGCCUACCGUCUUCUCAGCCGCCUCCAGCUCCAGCAAAUUGCCCUCCUCACAUCUUACGGCCAGCUCGCUCAGGCCAACUGUGCGGGCGAGCUCGCUGCCGACUUUACGACGGAGCUGCAGUUCCGCCUGAGCAGCCUCAAGCAACACUUUCAAAAUCAACGCAAGAGCUGGAACCACUUCCCCACUGAUGCCACGCUCAGGAUGCUAAGAAGUGAGACAGAGAGCGAAGAGAAGAGAGAAUCAGAGAGAGAAGAGAGGAGAGAGAGGGAGAGAGAAGAGAGAGGAAGAGUGAGAGAGGAUAGAGAAAGAGAGAAAGAGAAAGGAAUCAAGAGAGAGAAGAGAAUUAGAGAGCAAAAAGAGAGAGAAGAAGGCGAGAGAGAGAGAGAGAAAGAGAUGAAUUGGACAGAAGAGAGCAAAGCCAAAGUGAGACCAAAGUGA